AUGAAGAGAGACAAGAAGGACGAGGAAUCUAGCGGAAAUCCUUUUGCAAACUUGGAUAAAACUUCUGUUUUACAAGAAGCCCGUGCUUUCAACGAAACUCCCAUUAACGCUAGGAAAUGCAGUGUCAUCCUUACCAGGCUCUUGUACAUCAUCCAACAAGGAGAACAAAUCGGAAGAACUGAAGCUACUGAGGCUUUCUUCGCUGUUACGAAGCUAUGGCAAAGCAAAGAUGCCAAUCUUCGACGACUUGUCUAUUUGGCUGUCAAGGAUCUUUCAGGAAUUGCUGACGAUGUAAUCAUUGUAACCAGUAGUUUAACAAAGGAUAUGACCGGGCGUGAGGAUGUAUACAGAGCUGCCGCCAUCAGAGCUUUGUGUAAAAUUACUGAUACAGGAAUGUUACAGACUAUUGAAAGAUACAUGAAACAAGCUAUUGUUGACAAAAACGGAGCUGUUGCUUCUGCCGCUCUGGUAUCAUCAAAUCAUCUUAUGGCAAAGAGUGCCGAAGUUGUUAGACGUUGGGCAAACGAAGUUCAAGAAGCCGUUUCCUCUGACAACCAUAUGGUUCAAUACCAUGCCCUCGGCCUGCUCUAUCACAUUCGCAGCAAUGAUCGUUUGGCUGUUAACAAGCUUGUACAAAAGUUCAGCAAAUCCGGCUUAAGAUCACCUUAUGCUUUUUGUUACCUCAUCCGCAUUGCCGCUAAACUUUUGGAGGAAGAUGACCAAGCUGAUUCUUCUCUGUUCUCAUUCAUUGAGACUUGUCUCCGACACAAGAGUGAGAUGGUAGUUUAUGAAGCCGCCAGCGCUAUUGUCUCUCUUCCGAACACAACUUCUGCUGAACUUGCUCCUGCUAUAUCUGUACUUCAACUCUUCUCUUCUUCUGCCAAAGCCGCUCUCCGCUUUGCCGCAGUCAGAACUCUUAACAAGGUUUCAAUCAAGCAUCCUGAUGCCGUUAUGAGUUGCAACGUCGAUUUGGAAAAACUCAUAACUGAUCCUAACAGAUCUAUUGCAACAUUGGCGAUUACGACUUUGUUGAAAACCGGGGCUGAAAGCAGCGUAGAAAGAUUAAUGAAGCAAAUAAGCUCUUUCGUAUCUGAAAUUAGCGACGAAUUCAAAAUUGUUGUUGUUGACGCUAUUAGAUCACUGUGCGGCAGAUAUCCUCGUAAGCACGCUGUUAUGAUGCCAUUCUUGGCUAACAUGCUCAGAUCUGAUGGAGGUUUUGACUAUAAGAAAGCUAUCGUUGAAACGAUUAUUGCUAUCGUCGAAGAGAAUCCUGACGCGAAGACUGUUGGACUCGCUCAUCUUUGCGAGUUUAUUGAGGAUUGUGAACACGACAGUCUCUCGACAAGAGUAUUGAAUUUACUCGGAAGAGAAGCUCCAAAAACUGGCAAUCCUUCAAGUUACAUUCGCUUUAUAUAUAACCGAGUCAUCCUUGAAAGCACUAAGGUUCGGGCUGCUGCUGUUACUGCCUUGGCUAAGUUUGGAGCUUUAUGCCCUGACCUUCGUCCUUCGAUUGAGGUUCUUUUAAGAAGAUGUCUUUUGGAUAGUGAUGACGAGGUCCGCGAUCGUGCUACAUUCUACUUGAGCUUGCUUCAUAUCGCUGAUACCUCUGCUAUCACGAACUUUGUUUUGGAUACAAUUCAAGUUUCUCCAUCCGGCUUGGAGCGUUGUUUAGCUGACUAUGUUCGUUCCGACGCGUUCACGACACCUUUCGAUCUACGUGUUGUUCCUGUUGUAAGUCAGCCAAUUACUCAAACAGAAAAGAGGGCUCCAGUUCUUGCCGAUCCUAUUGAAGUCAAGCCUAAAGCUCCAAAAGUUGAGGCUUAUGCUGAAAAACUCGCUGCUAUUCCUCAGUUCGCUCAGUUCGGACCCCUGUUCCGCUCAUCAAAUCCAGUUCCUCUUACAGACUCUCUCACAGAGUACACUGUUAACGCUAUUAAGCACGUGUUUGCAAACCACAUUGUUGUCCAAUUCGACUGUCGAAAUACCUUGGACGAUCAAUUAUUGGUAGAUGUUUCAGUCGAGCUAGAGGAUUCCGAGAGAAAUUGGGUUCCUAUUUUGUCCAUUCCAAUAGAGAAAUUGAACUACGGCAAAGAAACUCAACCAACUUAUGUUGUUCUUCCAUUCCCCGAUUCAGGACAAGUAACAGGAACUUUGGCCGCUACUUUGAAGUUCGAGGUGAAAGAUGUUGAUCCAGCUACAGGAGAACCAGAAUCUGAUGACACUUAUGAAGAUGCUUACGGGCUCGAAGAAUUGGACAUAGUUAUCGGAGAUUCCAUUCAACCUGUCGCGAAACAAAAUUUCGCUGCUUCUUGGGAAGCUUUAGAAGAUGUUAAACAAUUUGAGGAAUCUUUCCAUUUAACAAACGUUUCAACUCUUCCUGAUGCAUUCAAACAAGUUUCCGACCAAUUAGGAUUAGUCGCCUCUGAAAGAAGUGAUCGUGUCCCCGAAGGAAAAACCAAGCAUGUCGCGAACUAUUCUGGAGUUUUCCGUGGUGGAAUUGAAGUGUUGGCUAGAGUUCUCGUUGCUAUGGAUCCUUCAGAUAACAGCAUAAACAUGAAAAUUAUCGUGAGAUCUGAGGAGCCGAUCGUAGCUGAACUCGUAGCUUCAGCCAUUGCAUAA